AUGCGUCGCCGGAAGCCGAUCGAAGGCUUCAUUCUUUGCGGAAUUUUCUUCUGGACAAUAAUCGCCCAUCUCAUCUCGACAUGUUUGGCCAUCCAGCUCGAGGAGCGGAUGGAGAUCGUGCGCAAAGUGCUGAAGGAAGUGCCUUUAAUCGAUGGUCACAACGAUCUGCCAUGGAAUAUACGGAAGUUUCUCAAGAAUCAGCUACGAGAGUUCCGAUUUGGCGAGGACCUACGCGACAUCACACCCUGGUCGACGAGUGCCUGGAGUCACACGGAUCUACGACGCUUGAAGGAAGGCAUGGUUUCAGCACAGUUUUGGUCGGCCUAUGCGCCUUGCUCGUCGCAACAUUUGGACGCAGUGCAAUUAACGCUGGAGCAGAUCGAUCUCAUCCGGCGGUUAGUAAACCUUUACCCGCAGCACAUGGCGUUAGUUACGACUGCCGAUGGCAUCGAAGAGAGCCAUCGAUCGGGCAAGCUAGCCAGCUUGAUCGGGAUCGAGGGUGGACACUCGAUCGGUACGAGUCUCGGUGUACUGAGGACCUUCUACCAGCUAGGUGCCCGGUAUCUCACACUCACCCACACCUGCAACACACCGUGGGCGGACUGCUGCAAAGUUGAUGAGCCAGGGCGUGUGCCCCACAUCGGGGGACUGUCACACUUCGGUACGCUCGUCGUGACCGAGAUGAAUCGGCUCGGCAUGAUCGUGGAUCUGUCCCACGUGUCCGUACCGACGAUGCUGGAUGCACUGGCCACCUCGAAGGCACCGGUCAUCUUCUCACACUCUUCCGCCCAUGCCAUCUGCAACAGCUCGCGCAACGUUCCGGACCAUGUGCUGAAGCGAAUCGCCGUUAACGGGGGUCUGGUCAUGGUUGCAUUCUAUCCCCAUUUUGUGAGUUGUGGCGAAAAGGCAACACUGAAGGAUGUAGUGGCGCACAUUAAUCACAUCAGAGACGUGGCAGGCGUUGACCAUGUCGGGAUUGGAGCCGGAUAUGACGGGGUGAAUUUAGUACCGCAAGGUUUAGAGGAUGUCUCCAGGUAUCCUUACCUGUUCGCAGAACUGCUAGAAUCAGAACGGUGGACCGAGGAGGACAUAGCGAAGCUAGCCGGUAGAAAUCUUAUACGAGUUUUCCGACAGGUGGAGCAGAUACGGGAUCAACUCGAAGCCCAGGGAAUGCUUCCCAUCGACCAAUCGAUACCACCGGAAGAUAUUCUCGGUCGCUCGUACUGUCGCUAUUCGGGUCCGCGUACGUGA